UUCCUGGACUGUCUGUGUGAGCAGGAGACAUGAACAGAGGGGACGUUUCCUCCGCUGUCUCCCAGCAUGCAACGCCUCCCUCACCUCUUUCACUUUCACUCUUGAAGUAUUUGUGCUGAAACUGCGCGCAGAAGACGACACUGUGAGAGGAUUUCACCAUGUUCGCGGCUCCUCUCCUGCUCCUCCUGCUCCUUCCCUUUCCUCCCUCAUCAGGAGCGCAGCUACCAAACCAGGGCCAAGCCAAAGAUGCCCCCGUAGCCACCAACGGCCACCCAUUCCCCUGGGACCGCAUGAGGCUUCCUAAAACCGUCUCCCCCCUCCACUACGACCUGACCAUCCACCCCAACCUGACCACCCUCGACUUCACCGGCGUCGCUCGUAUCCUGCUGGAUGUGCACGAAGACACCAGCGCCGUCGUUCUCCACGCCAAGCAGAUGCAGGUAUCCAGCGUGCUGCUCCUCGCACCUGAAGGCGCGAGGCCCCUCCGGGUUCUGGAGUACCCCCAUUUCCACCAGCUCGCCCUGCUGUCCGACUCUGUGCUGACCAAAGGUAGGAGGUAUGAAGUUCAGCUGGGGUUUGCUGCCAACUUGUCUGACAGCUUCCACGGUUUCUACAAGAGCAGCUACCGCACCAGGAGUGGGGAAGUCCGGGUCCUGGCAUCCACGCAGUUUGAAGCCACCUUUGCUCGUGCAGCCUUCCCCUGUUUUGAUGAGCCGGCCUUCAAAGCCAACUUCACCAUACGGAUUAUCCGAGAGCCACGUCACAUAGCCAUAUCCAACAUGCCUAAGGUAAAAACUGUGGAGCUGCCGGGUGGUUUGCUCGAGGAUCACUUUGACACCACCGUGAAAAUGAGCACUUACCUGGUGGCCUACAUUGUGUCUGACUUCCUGUCUGUGAGCAAGACCACCCAGCACGGUGUGAAGAUUUCAGUCUACGCCGUACCCGAGAAGAUCGACCAGACGGCCUUUGCUCUGGAUGCUGCUGUCAAGCUGUUGGACUUCUACGAUGACUACUUUGAUAUUCCCUACCCGCUUCCCAAACAGGACUUGGCUGCUAUCCCUGACUUCCAGUCAGGAGCGAUGGAGAACUGGGGGCUGACCACCUACAGAGAGACGGGCCUCCUCUUCGACCCUGACAAGUCCUCAGCUUCAGACAGACUGGGUCUCACUAAGGUCAUCGCCCAUGAGCUCGCGCACCAGUGGUUUGGGAACCUGGUGACGAUGGAGUGGUGGAAUGACCUGUGGCUCAAUGAGGGUUUCGCCAAGUUCAUGGAGUACAUUUCUCUCGACAUCACCUACCCAGAGCUGCACGUGGAUGACUUCUUCUUGGGGAAAUGUUUUGAGGCCAUGGAGGUGGACUCCCUCAGCUCCUCCCACCCUGUCUCCACCCACGUGGAAAACCCCACCCAGAUCCAGGAGAUGUUCGACGACGUGUCAUAUGACAAGGGAGCGUGCAUACUGAAUAUGCUGCGGGACUUCCUGACUCCUGAGGCCUUUGAGAUUGGCAUCAUCCGAUACCUCAAGCGCUACAGCUACCAGAACACUGUCAACAGCCACCUGUGGGAGAGCCUGACUAAUAUUUGCAACUCGGAUGAAAUGGACGAAGGCCGAAUGAAACACAAGGAGUUCUGCUCCAAGCGCAACAGCGAGUCUGCAGCCUCAAAAUGGUACUCUGGUGAUGAGCUGGAUGUCAGGACAAUCAUGGACACCUGGACGCUGCAGGAGGGCUUCCCGCUGGUCACUGUGGAGGUCAGAGGUCGCGAGGUCAGGCUCAGUCAGGAGCGCUACCUGAAGACAGACGACCCCUCCCUCACUGAAGGAUUCCUGUGGCAGAUCCCACUGACCUACAGGACCAGCGUGUCCGAGACCACACACCGCUUCCUGCUUAAGACAAAGACGGACGUCCUGUACCUGCCGGAGGAGGUGGACUGGGUGAAGUUCAAUGUGGACAUGAACGGCUACUACAUGGUCCACUACGCAGGCGAGGGGUGGAACUCCAUUAUCAAACUGCUGCAACACAACCACACGGCCCUGACAAGCAACGACCGCGCCAGCCUCAUCCACAACGUCUUCCAGCUGGUCAGUGUCGGGAAGGUGAGGCUGGACACGGCUCUGGAGCUGUCUCUGUACCUGUCCAGGGAGACGGAGAUCAUGGCUGUGACUCAGGGCUUUGGAGAGCUCGUACCUCUCUACAAACUAAUGGAGAAGAGAGACAUGGCUGCUGUGGAGAACCAGAUGAAGGACUACAUUGUGGAUCUGUUUCGGGAUCUGAUUGACCGACAGAAGUGGACUGACUCUGGAUCAGUGUCUGAGCGAGUGCUGAGGAGCUACCUGCUGCUGUUUGGCUGCGUCAGGAACUACCCUCCCUGCGUGACCAAAGCCACCGAGCUCUUUAACAAGUGGAAGGACUCUGACAGCAACAUGAGCCUCCCUGUGGACGUCACCAUGGCUGUGUUUGUGAUUGGAGCUCGAACACCAGAGGGGUGGGACUUCCUGUUUGAGAAGUACCGCCACUCGCUGCAAAUGUCUUUAAAGAGCCGCAUGAAGACAGCAAUGGCUGUCAGCUCCCUGCAGGACAAGCUCAAGUGGAUGAUGGAGCAGAGCCUCCACGGUGAGGUGAUGAAGACUCAGGACCUCCCGGACGUGGUCGUCUCCGUCAGCAAGAACCCCCAUGGCUACAAACUAGCCUGGGACUUCCUCCGAGCCAACUGGCACAGCCUGAUCAAGAAGUUUGACCUGGGCUCUCACACCAUCUCAUACAUGGUGACUGGGGUGACCAACCAGUAUUCUACCAGGGAGAUGUUAGAUGAGGUGAGAGGCUUCUUUGGCUCCCUGACCGAGGAGACGGGCUCUGAGAUGAGGUGCAUUCGGCAAACCUACGAGACCAUCCAGGAUAACAUCCGCUGGAUGGACACCAACCUUCCCCUGCUGCAGGCCUGGCUGGACAAACGCAGCCACAGAGCCGUGCAUGAAGAUUUAUAGCUCCGGGGGAAACAAAACAGUCUAGACGGGAAAGUUAUGUCACAAAAGGCUAAAAAACUCUAAAUGCGAGGCUCAGAAAUGUGAUGAGUUUGUACAGCCUUGCAAGUCAGCUUUGAUUAUAACACCAGUGACUCCUGACUUGCCCUCCCUAAAUGUAAGGAUUAAAAAAGAAAAAAAAAGCUCCUGAGCCAUCUCAGCGUGUAUUGUUAAUGACCCCAAAUCUGACUGACCUGACUUGAGACUUAUGUGUCACCACUUAGGACUUACUUGUCACUUGCAUAACAAUGACUUUGUGCCACCUCUGUAAACUAUCGCCUGAAGAUUAAGAUGCUGUUCAAAGGGGGUGUGUCUCAGGUUCAAAGAGAUCUAAGUGAUAAUAGACUUCUUUAAAGAAGCCCCAUCAAUACGAAAAAAGGGUUAUUCCUCGCCUUAACAUUUGUGCUCAGAGCUGUGUCUGUGUGUGUGUUUGUGUGUGUAUUUGCUUGUUGAGGGUCUGUGUUUGUUUUGGGUGAAGUGAAGUGGGGGUGUGUGACCUUUUACCUGAAAGUUCAACUUGAGUGCAGUGUGACUCCUGUGUGAAUAUGUUGUGAAGUUUCAUUCAUGCUGCGUUAUCACUGCAGAGAGCAAUUUAUUGUACACUGCAGUACAAAAUAGUAAAUAUUGCAUUUUUCUCAAAUACUUAGGAACCAGACCACUCUUUCUCACCCAACAUGAGAAGAAAGAGCGAGAAAGAUGGCUUAUUGCCUCCAGACGGCAGUGAAAACGCUGUAAAAUGUGGGAACACCCUCAGCGACUUGAUUUCUGUUGAAGUUACCCUAAUGCACUUGUAAGAUUUUUGCACAGUGUGAGGGUUGUUGGAUCAUAGUAGACUUAAAAAUGCUUAAAAGUCAAGAUCACACUGCUGUAAGAGACUAUUUUUGCCCUGUUUGCUUGAGCUUCAUGUCACAUUCUGACACUACUGGCUCUUCUUGGUAGCAUUUUUACACGUUUUUUAAAUUUGACAAAAGAAAGUGCACUAUAAGGAAUGUGUUGAAGCAAAAAAGGCUGCAGCAGUUACUGUUAUUUUGUGAGAAGAAUGUUGUGUUGGUUAUUAAAUAUUGGACCAAUAAAGGUAAUUUGACUUAA